GGAAAUUCGAAUGGGAGAGGCGGGUCAGAGGAGGGAGUGGAAUGGAAGCGGGGGUCCCGGCGCAGCCGAGGCGGCGCGAGAUGGCGACGGCGACCUCAGGAGCUGGUCGCUGUAGACUGAGCAAGAUAGGACCUGGUCGGCGCCCACCUCCAGCCCGAGUUAGGGUGGCUGUGCGGCUGCGGCCAUUUGUUGAUGGAGCAAGUGAUACCCCCUGUGUGCGGGGCCUGGAUGGCUGUUCUCUAGAAAUUGCCAAUUGGAGGAACCACCAGGAGACUCUCAAAUACCAGUUCGAUGCUUUCUAUGGGGAGCGGAGCUCACAGCAGGACAUCUACAUGGGAUCGGUGCAGCCCACAUUGAGGCACUUGCUGGAAGGCCAGAAUGCCAGUGUGCUUGCCUAUGGACCCACAGGGGCAGGGAAGACCCACACAAUGCUGGGCAGCCCUGAGCAGCCAGGUGUGAUUCCCCGGGCUCUCAUGGACCUCCUGCAGCUCACGAGAGAGGAGGGUGCUGAGGGUCGGCCAUGGGCCCUCUCUGUCACUAUGUCCUACUUAGAGAUCUACCAAGAAAAGGUGUUAGAUCUCUUGGAGCCCGCAUCAGGAGACCUGGUAAUACGAGAAGACUGCCGAGGAAACAUCCUGAUCCCAGGCCUCACGCAGAAACCCAUCACUAGCUUUGCUGAUUUUGAGCGGCACUUCCUGCCAGCCAGUCGAAAUCGAACUGUCGGAGCCACCCGGCUCAACCAGCGCUCCUCUCGCAGUCAUGCUGUGCUCCUGGUUAAGGUGGAUCAGCGGGAACGUUUCGCCCCAUUCCGCCAGCGGGAGGGGAAACUCUACCUGAUUGACUUGGCCGGCUCAGAGGACAACCGGCGCACAGGCAACAAGGGCCUGCGCCUGAAGGAGAGUGGCGCCAUCAACACAUCCCUCUUUGUGCUGGGCAAGGUGGUGGACGCGUUGAACCAGGGCCUCCCUCGUGUGCCUUACCGGGAUAGCAAGCUCACUCGCCUGCUACAGGACUCUCUGGGUGGCUCAGCUCACAGCAUCCUCAUUGCCAACAUUGCCCCUGAGAGACGUUUCUACCUAGACACAGUCUCUGCACUCAACUUUGCUGCCAGAUCAAAGGAGGUGAUCAAUCGGCCCUUUACAAACGAGAGCCUACAGCCUCAUGUCUUGGCACCUGUUAAACUCUCUCAGAAAGAACUGCUAGGCCCAUCGGAGGCAAAGAGAGCCCGAGGCCCUGAAGAUGAGGAGACUGGGAGUCCUGAACCCCCAGCAGCAACAGUCUCAGCUUCCCAGAAACUCAGUCCCCUACAGAAGCUAAGCAGCAUGGACCCGGUCAUGCUGGAGCGCCUCAUGAGUUUGGACCGUCUGUUAGGCUCCCAUGGGAAUCAGGGAACCCCUCUGCUGAACACCCCCAAGCGUGAACGGAUGGUACUCAUGAAGACAAUGGAGGAGAAAGAUUUGGAGAUUCAGAGGCUUAAGAUGAAGCAAAAAGAACUGGAAGCCAAGGUGCUGGCCCAGGAGGCUGCGGACCCAAAGGGAAAAGAGAAUUGCUCCCCCACAAAGCUCCAGCCCCUUGCCCGCCGCACAGUCACAGUGGCUAAACCUCUCAAAAAGGCUGUAGUGAUGCCCCUACAACUGAUUCAGGAGCAGGCAGCAUCCCCAAAUGCGGAGAUCCACAUCCUGAAGAAGAGAGGCCGAAAGAGAAAGCUGGAAUCCCUGGAUGCCUCAGAGUCAGAAGAGAAGACUGAGGAUUGCUGGGAGUUGCAGAUUAGCCCGGAACUACUGGCCCACGGGCGUAAAAAGAUAUUAGAUCUGCUGAACGAAGGCACAGCCCGGGAUCUGCGCAGCCUGCAGCGCAUUGGCCAGAAGAAGGCCCAGCUCAUCGUGGGCUGGAGGGAGCUUCACGGCCCUUUCAGCCAGGUGGAGGAUCUGGAACGCGUGGAAGGCAUAUCCGGGAAACAGAUGGAGUCGUUCCUGAAGGCGAACAUCCUGGGUCUAGCUGCCGGCCAGCGCUGCGGCCCAUCCUGACUGCCGGCACCGUCAUACUCUGCCUUAAGAAAAAUAUUUUUUCUUUUAAAUCUUUGUAUAACCGCGUGUUGUAAAUACAGACUUAUAACUCUCGUGCUUCCGCCUGAUUUUUGGGACGGUGGG